GGCUAUAAGGUAAAGUUCUUUUAGGUUGUUUGUAUGUUCGUUCAUCAAACACUUUUGUUCUUUUGUAUUUUUGUACUAUUUUUUAUGUUCUUUUUCUUUUGUCUUUUUGUUUAGUUUAUAUUUUUAUCUAUUUUUUUGGUUUAUGGUUUUUUAGGGAAGUGUUUCCAAAAUCGAGGCAUCGUUUGUGUACAUGGCACAUUGGGGAAAAUGCUGUUGUAAACAUCAAAGGUGUUAUGGCCAAAGAAGGUUUCAAACGUCGGUUUGAUUAUGUUUUGAAAUAUACUGACACAGUUGCUGAGUUCGAGCAUUAUUGGAAUAGUCUUAUGACUGAUUACAAUUGCAAGACACACAAAUGGAUAGAGAGGUUAUAUGAUUUGAAAGAGAAAUGGUGUCCUGCAUAUAACAAAGAGUGGUUUUCUGGGGGUAUUUUAUCUUCUCAAAGGAGUGAGACGACAAAUCAUUCUAUUUCUAGGAGGUUGCAUAAAACAAAUGGUUUAUGUGAUUUUUAUAAGUGUUUUUUAGAUGCAAUUGAUGAAUGGAGAAGUAAGGAGAACAAGGGAGAUUAUAAUUCUUCUACUGGAAAUAGAUAUUACGCAUGUGCGGAUAACAUGUUAUGUUUGCAUGCGCGGGAUGUGUAUACCAUUGCAAUAUAUUUGAUAUUUGAGCAACGAUUCAUCAAAGCAAUUGGUUUGAGGUGUCAACGCAUUUCCUAUGAGUUUCCAGUUUCUAAGUACAUUGUUGGGCAUCCUACAAAGGAUUUUAUUAGACAUGUUGUGAUGUUUAAUGAGCAAGAGUUGGUUGUUGAUUGUACUUGCAAGUCAUAUGGAGAGAUAGGAGUUCUUUGUUCUCAUAUUCUUCGAGUUUUCAUUGUCCAUAAUGUUGAAGAGAUUCCCAAACAAUACAUUAUGAAGAGAUGGACCAAAAAGGGUAUGAACAUGAUUGUUGAAGAAGGAGAAGAUAGAGAUAAUGAAGUAAGUGUUGUUUCUGCUUCAGUUUGGAGGAUGCAAAGCAUAAGAAAUUGCAUUAAAGUUAUAAAUGAAGCUCAACAUUGUCCGGCUGCAAGGAAGCUUAUUGAUUUGGGUGUGUUGGAUAUGUCAUGCAAAGUGAAGGAGUAUAUUGGUGGUGUUGAAGGGGAUGGUAAUGUAUCAAACAAGUAUGUGCGAGAAGAAACUCUACUUGAUGGCAUUGAGCCUUCAACAGACACAGUUUUGCCGGAUGUUGUUGAACCGAUUGCUGAAAAAGUCAUUCCAACAAUGAUUCAAAAUCCACCAAAGCGAAAGAGGAAGAUUAAGAACGGGACUGAAAAGGCUAAUGAGAGGAAUGUGAGACCUAAAGGAAUUGUUGAGAAGAAACGCAAUAAACUGAAAGGUUGGAACAAGAGAAGAGAAAGACAUGUUGAUAAUUUGAGGGAGGAAACUCAGUCUACUGAUCAGUGUAUCAUAAAUUUACCUGUUGGUGGGGUUUUGGUUCAUCCAACAUCUUCAAAUUCACAAUUGGAAGCAUAUGUUCCAGAUGAUUAUUUUGGAGUACACAUACAACCUUUGUAGAUUCAUUUACGAUUGGUAAUAUUUUUAUUUUUAGUUUGUUGUGUUUUUAAUCAUUUGUUUUUGUAUUCUCAAUAAUGUUCUUUUACUCUUUUGAUGUAUAUUUUUACGGGCUACUGAUGUUUGGCUCAUUCAAUAUUUUGAAAUGAGAAUUUUUAGUUGUAUAUAUUCUUAUUUUUGUUUUUAUUUUUGUGCAAUUAGGAUUGCAAAAUUAUUGCAUAAAGGAGUAUAUUCUUAAAUGUGAAAAGAACUUACUAAAAGAGAAUAAAAAGAAUUUUGGAAAGGAAAGAACA